ACUCUACUUGAAGAAGAGGAAGAAUGAUAUAUAGAUUGAAGCCGGCAAAACCAUUAACACCGACUAUGUUCGGCAUCCCGCAACGGGAAAAUCCACGUCUCCACUCAGGUUCCCCGAGGGAAAGAGUUUUUCUUGGCUCAAUCCAAGAAGCAAAAUUAUGCGAAAGUUACAGUAAAGUCAAUGCUGGCAUAGUCAGUUUUGCUCCUGUCCAACAGCAAAGCUUCAAUUCCAUUCCCGGAAGUGUCGACCUGUAGAAUCGGGUUGAGUAGAAGCCAGGUCCGGCCACUAUGAGCGACGAAGAGUCAUACCCCGUUGACCGGAAGGCCGUGAUCGACGGGCCUCUUGAAAAGGAUGGCAAGAAAGCCUUGUCCACCAAGGAGCUGGAGCCCUUUGGCAAUGAGGAAACCGCAGAGGUCAAGUACCGGACCAUGAAGUGGUGGCACUGCGGCAUGCUGAUGAUUGCUGAAAAUGUCUCGGUGGGAAUUCUCUCUCUCCCGUCUGCAGUGGCUACACUUGGAAUGGUGCCUGCUGCCAUUGUGAUUUUGUUUGUGUCUGCUCUCUCAUGGUAUACGGGCUACGAAAUUGGCCAGUAUAAGCUUCGUCACCCCGAGAUUCACAGCAUGGGAGACGCCGGAGAACUCCUGAUGGGUCCCAUUGGCCGUGAAAUCCUCGGACUUGGCCAGCUCCUCUUCCUGAUCUUCCUGAUGGCCAGCAACAUCUUGACAUUUAACAUCUUGAUGAAUGUGCUCACUGGACACGGAGCCUGCACUUUGGUCUUUAGUGUUGUUGGUCUGAUCAUCUGCUUCCUUGGCGCCCUCCCUCGGACAAUGGACAAGGUCUAUAUCAUGUCUGUCGUUUCCUUUGUGAGUGUCUUUACUGCCACUCUGGUGACGAUGAUUGCUGCGGGUGUCGAGAGCAAGGGCCAUAUCACAAUCCAUGCUACCACCGAUGUCAGCUUCCGCGACGGUUUUCUGGCAGUAACAAACAUCAUCUUUGCCUAUCUCGCCCAUGUUGCCUACUUUGGUUUCAUGUCCGAGACCGAGGACCCCCGGACUUUCAACAAGUCGCUUGCGAUGCUUCAGAUCAUUGACACAGUCCUCUACCUCGUCAGUGCUCUCAUCAUUUAUCGCUAUGUUGGACCGAAUGUCUCGUCGCCUGCCAUCUCGUCCCUGAGUCCACUGAUGAGCAAGAUCGCCUGGGGCCUUGCUAUCCCGACAACUAUCCUGUCGGGUGUCGUCUUGGGUCAUGUCGCGUGCAAGUACAUUUAUGUGCGCCUGUUCCGUGGCUCAGACAAGAUGCACACCCGCAGUCUGUUAUCCAUUGGAACCUGGGUCGCCAUUUGUAUUGGCGUGUGGGUUGUAUCAUGGGUUGUGGCAGAAUCCAUUCCUGUGUUCAAUGACCUACUGAGUCUUAUUAGUGCAUUGUUUGGCAGCUGGUUCAGCUUUGGCCUUCCUGCCAUUUUCUGGUUCCACAUGAACAGAGGCCGAUACUUCAAGACCUUCCAGAAGACAUGCAUGACGAUUGUUAAUAUUGGUGUCCUGGCAUGCGCCAUUGCUAUUUGCGUCUUGGGUCUGUAUGUGUCUGGAGUUGCCAUUCACAACGACGCCGCCUCCAGCAGCUGGUCUUGCGCCAACGAUGCGUGAUUCUUGAGUAGCCUGGAUGAUGCCUAAACGGCCUU